UGUAAUAUGGCGUCAAAUGGGUCGAAUGCAGACGCGUAGGGUGCCCCAAAAACUCACGAAAACAGCGAGUUUACGUUUCUUUGCAUUGCAAAACAUUAUUUUUUAAGUAGCAUUAAUGGUAAUGCAUGCAAGGAAACAACCAAGACUCAAUGAUGGGUUUGCUGACAGAAAGGACACCCAUCUGCAUCAGAACAUGCAGUAUCAGUCCAAAGGUCUUGGGGGAUUGUUCAACGACAGAUACGAGCGAGGUGGACGGGACUCUCAUGAUGACCGAGCCAGAGAAGAUGUCCCUGGCAGCCAUCCGAGUCCCCGAUAUCAGAACAAGUCUUCUUAUAUUGAGAGGAAUAAAGAGAAAAGAGGUGGAUCCAGUGGUCAGUGGGAGAAGAGCAACCACCAAAUGUCAUCGUCCACAAGCACCAGUAGCAGCCGAGGAGGGGGAGGGGGGGGAAUGGACAAUCCUACAGUGGAGCAGGGAGCAGCAGUCAAAACAAUCACGACAGACCCUUCAAGAAUGUCACAAAGGAUCAGAAGGACACCAAGGACAGAGCGGAGGUUCAGAAGUCGGCAGUACGAGUGUUUGGAGACUGGUCUGAACACAUCAGUUCAUCCAAGAAGCGAUACUACUACAACUGUAGAACUGAAGUCUCUCAGUGGGAAAAGCCAAAGGAAUGGAUUGAUAGCCCUCGAACCCCAGACAACAGCAGAUCAAAGGAUGGACGGCUUCCUGGCAAGCCAUAUACAUCCUCCUCUACAACCUCCUCAAGUAGAGCCAAUGACGGGGGCAAAACAUUCCUCUAGUGGGGAACGUGAGAGACCAGACAAAUACCCCCGAAGUAAUUCAGACUCUUCUGUCAAACACUCUGAAAAGUUCUCCCCAACAGACAGACCGAAAAUUGUGUACUCUAAAGACGUGUCGAACACAGCUUCCCUUAGGACUAGUAACUUAUUACAGAGAGCGAACUCAACCUCUGAUAGCUCAGCAUACAAGGAGGGCUAUACGGAUCAUAGAAAAAACAAUUAUCCUUACUCUUCUGUGGACCCUAUGCGUCGGCGUCAGAGACAUGAGAGUGAGAGUAGUCGGUCCUCAAUAGGACAUACGACACCACAGAAAAAUGAUGAUUCUAAUCAUGCGGACGACAUGGAGAUCUCUCCAGGUAGUACUCCCACCAGUUCACGUGGAGUCAAGGCAUCAUCAUGUACAGCUGCCCUGCAGACUUUACAGAAGUUACAGGAGGCUCUCAACAUGCACAUAGCUCGCACCCAACAGAAUUGGGCACAAAACAAUCUCCCCCAACAACACUCCAGUCCUCAACAACAUCCACAACAACAGCACUCACAUCAACCGCAGAAACAUAACCAAGGUAACCAGCAACAUCCGCAACAUUCGGCUACAUCCUCGUCCUCUCACUACCCAAACCCAGAGAACGGAGGUGGAGGGGGACACGAUAGCCCUAUUUCGGAUGUCAGUCCAUGUCACAGUCCAACUACUAGUACCACCAGUUCUCAGAACCUCCCCGUUGCCACAAGUGCACUCUCUGGAGCCUCCAUCAAGAAAGAUAACUCUGUUGAGUUGACGCCGUCACUCAGCAACUACUACAAUGAGAAACUUAUUGGUCACGUCUUGGGUUGGCAGGCUGAUCAUGCUGAACGUCAGGCUAAUCGUUACAUGGAGGAAGCUCUUAAUGUGGGAAGUCUUCACUGUAGUCAGGUGUCGGUUGAACUGAAGAAAGCGCGAUCCCUUGUACGGGUUGCCGAGAUACAGUCCACACUACAUGAACAAAGGAUACUGUUUUUGGAUAAACAAAUAAGUGAAAUUGACAACUUGAAGCCGGGUACAACAUUCUUACCAUCCUGACACUGAGCUGACGACUGAGGGUAGGGGUCAGAGGUCAAGCAUGUCCAGACGAGAGCUGUUCUGACGCUCCUGACUGCUUCUAUCAACCCUCGAGUUGAGAAAAGUAGCAGUCGUACAUUGUGGGUCGGGAGUCGACAGUCAUAUGUGUCGAAGUGCAACUGGGAACACUGUUAGACUGGAAGGGCUUCUUGUAGGAGAGGUCUGUGGGUCAUAGGUCAGAGGUGAAGGCUGCAGCGUAAGCGUCCGAGAUGUAUGUUACGGUUAUGCUUUGAUUAAUGGUUGUUGAUUUAUUAAAAACUGUUCGUCUUAUGUUGUGCACUGAGAAACUUGAACCAAAGAUGUUAAUAAGCAAGGAGACAUCCAUGUACAAUAAGCUCAGCAUUGUCCACCAAAUUGAUUGCCACAAAUAGCUGCAAAAUUGCUGACAAGGCAUUGAGCACUCAUUUAGUUACAUAUGAAGCAUAUUUUGUGUAUCUUCUUCUUUUGCCUCAUUUAGAAUGUUUUGCACCAAGUUUCAUCCUGAAAAGGUCAUUGUACUAAUCAAUUUUCAAAGCCCAGUGAGACAUGAUCUGCUUACGUGGUUGUGCCAUCAUUAAUGCCUUCCGGCUGUAACAGAACAAUAAAGCUGGAUGCAGCCUCACCCAUUUGACCACCACCCAAACAUGAACCAAUCUCUACACAGCCCAGUUGUUUUAGAUUUUUAAUUUAAUUCUUGUUCCGUUGUUCUUCAGCAGUGAAACAAACCAGCAUCUUUUACAUAAUUUCUUGACAUGCAGACCAACAAUGGACUCGCCAGACCUUGUUAUUUGAUUACAUUUCAUGUGCUAGUGAUAUGUUUAUUUCAAUGGCUGCUGCUGCUAUUUAUGGAUGUGACUCAGCACGGGUCAGUACAAGACACCUAGCUAAGCGUGGCAGAAAGUAACUUUUAACCUUUCUGGUCUCUUUGUGCUAUCUGUGCUGGCUAGCGACUGGAGCAUCCUUUACCCAGUGCUCAUACUGACUGGCAUUGCGACAUGUAAUUUAUUUAUACAGGUUAAUCUCUUACUGACAAGUUUGAAGGGAUUGCCAUUGCCCAGAGUUAUACCAGUUAACACUUAUAUCCAGUGUUCUUGUCCAUGUUACAAGUUUGGCAGAUUUUGGGGAUUAUUCUUUUUCUCUUCUCAUAUUUUCAAAGGGAAGUGAUUUGUUUCAAUCUUUUAAGAAUUUUCAUAUUUCUAAAUUAUUUGAUUUGAUUUGUUUGAAAAUCCUGUAGAAAUGUUCUUUUUGUAAGCAAUUAUAUAUACGGAUAAUCUUUGAAGAAUAUUGUUGAUGGGAUUAAGACAAGACACCUGACUACAUUUUGUCGACUCAAGAGAACCUGUUUCACCUGACAUUGGUUAUGAAUCACUUUUCAACCUGUUCAGCGUUUUGUUCCAACUCUUCGUGAUCUGGUUGCGUAAGCAGUUAUCAUCAUAAAGAGAUGUUGCCCCAAGUUUCCUCUUGAAGCAAUGUCUUGUACAUUAAAUGUAUUAGUGGUUAGUGGUCAAAACUAGAAUUAAAGAUCUAUUUCAUUGAAUUUUGUUUAGACGUUGUUCUUUUCGGUAUGCCUAGACUAAAAUAACCCAAAGGGGAGAGACAUGUCAGAGUUUUCACAUGAGUUAAGUGUGCUUAUUUGUGUGACGGUGAGCAGUAUCUAAUCAUCACAUCUUUUCCUUUUUUCCCCCCACAUCCUUUGUUAUUGGGAACAAAACAGAAGCAAACUGAUAGCUGUGGGAGAAAUGUAAUGGCUGUAUGGUAGGAAAAUGUUUUUGGAGCAUUUGUAAUCUUUCCAUUGUGCCAAAUGUGGAAUUGAGGGCAAAUUUUUAAGCACAUGCUUCUUCAAAACAAAACUGCUACCCAUACAUAUUGGACAAGUUGCUAUGAGAGUAGGAUCCCUUCAUAAACAACUAACCAAUUUUCUGUUGCAUCCUAGUAUUGUCUUGGAGGCCUCUGUUGUUACUUGAGGUCGUCUGAAUAAUUGUUAUUAAUACUGACAUGCUGUUAAUAUACACAGGAUGCUUUUCACACUACAGUUUAUCAGACCAUGUUUAUUUAUCACCGGUUCUGAUUUCUACAAAACUGAAGCAUGUUUGUAUUUCCAAUGAUAUGGUAGAUUUGGUGCAUCCUCACAGCUUCAAGAUGACUUAAAAUGGCACUAUCGUUCUUCCAGUACCGGUAUAUCAUAUUUCUAUGUAGUGACUUUGUCCAUAAUUUCUUUUUAGACAAUAUUACCAUAUAAUCCUGCACAAUGGGAGUAGAAUUGUCUCAAAACUUUUAGUUUUGAGGUUGAACUUCAUGCAAGCCCAGUAGUCAACAUAGAUUGUCAAAUUUUGGGAUAUACUUUCAGCUUGUUGAAAUUUGGUAUGAACUAAAGUUUAUUAUUCCUUAUCAUGAUGCUUAAGUUAUCAGCAUCAAAGGCCCAUGCUAGUGCAGUGUUUAAGAGUUUCACCCUCCCAAAUAAGCCAAUCAGCUAAACAAAAUGAACUGCUUUGACACCUACUCUUUCUUUCUAUAUUUUUGGUAGUGUAUAUGUGAAAAAUGCAUCCUCAGCCAAAUUUGGAAGUUUUUUUUUCUUAUAUACAUUACAUGGUCAGUUGAAAGCAUGAUUUAGUGUGCAAAAUUUAGCAUGGUAGCCAAGGUGGAUUCAAACCAGUGUUAAAAUUUAUGGGCUCCUUGAUCUAGAAAUGAAAGGAACAAGUCCUCAAGGAAUAUUCCCCUCUUCUGACUUAAAUUCUGUCAUUACAUGCCUUGAUUGGGUCAGAAUAAAUUCCAUUACUGUUCUCUAUUCCUACAGUUUGCCAUGGACAUUGACCUUGGCUUUAUCUAAUGGAAUGGUUCACAUACCAUUUUGUUUGUUGCUUUUAAGUUUAAAUGUUUAAAUUUGUUAGAAGUUCAACUUCAGUGAGACUUUUCUACUUCCUUACCUUUACAGAUCACUGAACUGAUACAAGUUUGCUUUUGACUAACAUUGACUACUGAACACUUGUAUUUCAUAACCAUUUGAAGUAAACUACAUAGUGACUAAUAUACCUUUCCUCUACAAAAUUGAUACUGAGUUUCUCAGUUCGGUAUUUUUACAUCGUUUCCAUUCAACUGAGCCACCCAUAUAUUAUAAUUCUUAAGCCAUCAUGUCAAUUUGCAUUUUGUCAAUGUUGCCAUUUCCAAUAUCAUUGUACACAAUAAACAUUAAUCGUUGAUAAGUGCAAGUGUAAUAUAGCCCAUGGUAUGUUUCCCCAGUGCAAGGUCAUUAUGUCAGCUCCCUGUGUGGAGAAAUUACUCAAGCUCCUCUGAUGUUAGUGUUGUCUGAUUUGGUUGAGAAACUGCUCCACAACCAAUGCAGUGUGCAACCUAUGAAGCUACUAUUGUACAUAGUGUAAAUGGAAGCCUUUGUAAGCUCUUGCUGGUUCUAGCAACUUUUGUAAAAAGUAAGAUUAUAAGAUAAAGAUCUCUGUACAGUUUGUGUAUACUUCUCCUGGCUUAAGCUUGUGAUUUUAGUGAGGUGGGCGAGAGUGGAAGACUGACUGGUAACAGUUGGGCGAUGUAUGGAUGUAGCUAGGUGUCUGUUUCUAAACUAUAUGUUAGCAAUGGUUGAAAUAAAACCAGUAACUAAAUAA